GUAUUGAGCGUUUCGCGGCGGCGGGUUACGAUGCGUGGCGCGUUGUAUCUUUAUUAUUAAUUAUUUGUUGUUGUUGUUUAUACUCUGUACCGUUUUAUUUCCCAUCGCAUCGCUCGUGUGUGUGUGCGCGCGUGUGUGUGUGUGCGUGUGCCUAUGCGUUUUGCCCCCAAAGUCCCCCAAAACGCCUCACCACCCCCCCAACUCCCAUCACUCUGCCGUGAAAAACCCCCCGAAAAGUGAAGCAGAAGAAAAUGUACUCAAAAAGGCAAAACUUCGAAACGCGAGUGUGUGCUAGUGAGAAAGAUAUAUAAGUUACAGCCUUGCAACAUGCGGCGGCAGAUGAAGUUUGUUCGGUUUCAGAUCAAAACAAAAUCAUAGGAUAUCGCUAUACAUACAGUACCAGUCAAUCAAUCAAUAUCGUGUGCAUUCAAAUUCCACAUCGUGCCUAAAACUGCAACUGCAAUCGCGCGCCCUCUCUCUCCCACUCUCGCUAAAAAGGUGAAAAACACACUCGAAACGGAAACGGAAGUGCCAGUGACGUAAUACUCCCUAUAAAAAACCCAGGAGAAUCCCUCCCACAACCCUCCCCUCGAGAUUGUGCAACAAAAACAAAGCCAAUUUCCGUACACCAUUCCCGUGCAAUAUGCUGAAUGCCAUGAUUUGGCCAUGGCUGACAGUGCGUAGCAAGAGUAUUUACAUAACUGGCCAAACCAUUUUGUACAUCAAAGUGUUCAAGCUGAGGGCCUGAACAAGAGUCGUGUAUUGUCAAAGAAAAACAGAUGAACGUUUCCAAGGCAGCGACAGCUCGAAUCGAUGAGAAACAGAUUGCGCCUAAAUGUCUUCCGGAAUUAAUUGUCGUGAAAUUUUCGUAUUUUUGGAAAUUUUGAUUUGGAAUCAAGCAAAACAGAGAAAUCGACAAAACAAUGAGCAUAGCAACAACAAAGGCAGCAGCAGCAACAACAAUAAGGAAACCAGCAGCAGCAGCAGCAACAACAGCAACAGCAACAAGCAACACAAUAAAAAUCACAGCAACCGUAGGAGCAGCAGCAGCAACAACAACGCAGUGAAAGUGAUACAGCAGCAGCAGCAGCAGCAACAACAACCACUGCCCAAAGCAACCAAAAACAAAAACUACGGCAGCAACAACAACAGCAGCAGCAGCAACAACAAUCUGCACAUACUGCAAAAGGGUUGAAGGUGCCAG